AUGGCGCAAGAUUCGGAGCAGCGUUGGCUGCGGAAGGUCUCCGCGGACGGCACCUCUGCGGACAAAGUGGCAUCCCUCACCAUGCUGAUCCAGCUUUGCCCAAUCUUCUCGACAGCUUUCAUCAAGGCGCUGCUGACUAUGGCGGGGAAAUCCGCACGCAGCGACUCCACUAUGGCAAUGGAUGCGCUCAAGGAGCUGUUCCUUGACAACUUGCUGCCCGGUCGCAAGCUGAAGCGCCUGGAGCAGAUGGAGCCUGUGUCUGCCAAGGGCCUGAAGAAGUCCACCUUCACGGAGAUCUGCGUGGUGAGCUUCUUCGAGGACUACUUGAAGACUGCUUACGCCGCCUUUGUUCAGAUCGUGGCGGCAGCCAGCCACAACACCGUGGCCUACAUCAAGAGCCGGGCGGUGCGUACGGCCUACGACUUGCUGAAAGCAAAGCCGGAGCAGGAGAAGGCGCUGCUGGCGCUGCUGAUCAACAAGUUGGGGGACUCUUCGCCCAAGGUGACCUCCAACGUGUCCUACUGCGUGCGAGAGUUGCUCAAGAAACAUCCCGGCAUGAAGAGUCCGGUUCUCAAGGAGGUGGAGGCACUCAUCGCCCGGCCCAACAUCACCCAGAAGUCCAAGUACGCGGCCCUUCUCAUGCUCUCAGAGUUCGUCUUCGGCCCGUCGGACGGCGCCUGCGCGGCCUCGGUGGUGCGGCUCUUCGUGCAGCAGCUGGAGCUGGCGCUCCGCAAGCCGCGGCUCUCCAAGAAGGAGUUCCAGCGCAAGAAGAGGGGCUUGGCGGUGGUCAAGAAGAAGCGGGGGCCGCUGCGCGAGGAGGACAACCGCCUGGUGCGGACCUUGAUCAACGGCAUCCGACGCGCGAUGCCCUACAUGAACUCCUUGGGCGGCUCGCCGCUAUCCUCUGAAACGGUGGAUGCGCUCUUUAAGGUGUGCCAUACUGUGGCGGCCUUUUCCACCCGGGUGAGCAUCCUUGCCCUGCUGCAAAGGGGCCUCUCCUCUGGAGAUCCCCCCGACCGCUUCUACAGGCUGCUCUACGAGCAGCUGGGCUUUUACGAGCUCUUCGCCUCCGCCAACGCGCGCCAGGCGCUGCUGCUGCUGCAGAAGUGCAUCCCCAGCGAUGCCUCCUGCACGCGGGCCACUGCCAUGGCCCGAAGGAUCCUGCAGCUGGGCCUGGGCAGCGAGCCCAAGGUGGGGGUGGCCACGCUGCAGGUGAUGCGCGACCUCUUCGUGGCGCGCAGGACAGAGAUCAAGCCGAUGCUGCACAGCGUGGCAAGCCAGCUCACUAUCCCUGAGGAGGAGGGCGAGGUGGAAGAGGAGCACUUCGUGGACGACGAAAAGGCCACGGCCAAGGUGCAAGCCAAGGCGCGGUUGAUCCGGGGCGUUCCUGGCCGGGCUGGGCUCCCGGAGCAAUUGGCCAUUGAGGAGAGACCCUUCAGGUGCUCAGUGUUCUGA